UUUGCGGGGGCUGCAGAGCAGACAAACCGCCGUCCAUUCUCUGGCCUUGUGAUUGUUAAUGGACUGCGCUCCAUCCUGAUUUUCUGCAGUCGCUUUGAGUCAUUGGUGGUAGAAGAUGGCGGACAGAGCUGAGAUGUUUUCGCUGUCCACUUUUCAUUCCCUCUCUCCUCCGGGAUGCAGGCCAGCUCAUGACAUCAGCCUGGAGGAGUUUGAUGAUGAAGAUCUCUCUGAAAUCACAGAUGAUUGUGGGAUUGGACUCAACUAUGACUCGGAUCCAUAUGAAAAGGAUUCCCUUAUUUUGGAGAAGAAUGACCUCCACCACCCAGUCUGCUCUUUUCAAGACGACUUCCAGGAGUUUGAGAUGAUUGAUGAUGAAGAGGAAGAUGAGGAGGACGAUGAUGAAGAGGUAGACCCUGAUGCACCGCCGUCUCCCUCUGUAUCACCUCCUCCAUCUCCUAUUCUGGGCACUCUAAAGAGCAGACCCACCACACUGAAUCUCACCACAGCGGUGUCACAGGAUUCGCUGAACAACAACAGCAGCCUGUCUCCAAAGAAAGGAAGCUGGCAGGACUCUUUAUGCAACCCAACUUCACAAGGCCGUCUGUCUCCAACCCACUCGUGUCUGGAGGAUGGUAGUCAUGUGACAGGCCAGUGCCCGGCCUCUCCAAUCACCCAAGCUCCCCGGUCACAGAGCAAAGGUACACCUCCGACACAGGCAAGGGAGGGCGGGAACCCCCAGUCACCACAUAGGCCCCUCCUCUGCGACAUGGAGGGCAACAGGCGAGAGAGGCUGGAAUACGGCUCUUUUGGUCAGCACAAGUCCCAUCAUUGCUCUACCGAUCCCACCGAACCAAAGGUGGACUGUUUAAACCAAACAGGGAGAGUUCCCUCUGUAGACGAGCACUCACAGUGCUCAGACACAGAAGUGGACCACGACUUGAACAGCUACCACAAUCACAAACACUCCAACCGGCGCACUACAGACACGUACACGAUCGUCAGUGAGUCAGGCAUCGAACCGGAGAAUGAUCUGGAUCCAGAUGGCACCAGUCGCUGUUUGUCCUCUACAGCACCCAUGGGAGCUAAUGAUGGUGCUGAUACGCCCUUGUCUGAUGAAGAACUAGAGAAGGACUUUGAAGUGGAGUUUGUGUGCAUGGAGAAGCAGUCAUCAUAUGUUGAGUUCCCCUCCAUUGAGCCCCCCGAGGCAGUUUCUUUCUCCGAUUACCACUCAGAGGCUCACAGUGAGUCCAACAGUGCAGACGUUCCAGCUGGUUCUACUGUAGCUGUAGGAGCUACCGAUUCCACUUCUCCAUCUUCAGACCCAGGGAUUGCAGAUAUGAACCAGAGAGGUUACAUAACUUCAGACCAAGACAAGGACCUCAGUUCUCCGGGCUCUGACUCUGACCUUGAAGGGGAGCUGGAGGCUGCAUUUUCUUGUGGUGGCCCUGUGGUUUCCAACAUGAUUUCCUCCAUUUCAGAAACAGAGCUUGACCUGACAAGCGAUGAAAGCAGCAGUGGACGUUCAUCUCAUCUCACCAACUCCAUUGAGGAGGCCAGCUCACCCACAUCAGACCAAGAACUUGACCCAGAUACAGAGUUAGAGCAGGACAGUGGAAUUGUUGGACUGAAAGCCACUCUGCUUUUGGGUCAGCCUGACCCAAUCAAAGAAGGCUCAUGUCUGCCCUCACCUUCUCCACUGCCUUCACCCACUAUUGCUACACUCUCCCCUAUUGACUCACCCAUCCUACCUCCUGAGUCCUACGAUGACGGUCAGGCUCUAAUGGGCCUGCAGAGUGUAGAUGAUGAGGUGUCUUUUGAGCACCAGGCUGACCCAGAUGAGACUCUUCCUCCGACCUCAUGCUGUGAAGGCGGUCAAUCCAAGCCCAUGGUUCUUGAGAUAGAACCAGACCACAGCCUGGAAAGUUUUAAACGCUCCUUCUACCUACCAGUGGGUCCAAGACUAAUGCCAAGCUCAGACGAAUAUGAUACAAGUGAAGGUGACUCAGAAUCAGAAAGCGAAGAUGAGCUGAGUGAAAACUCCGAUUCUCCCUGGCUUCUCAGCAACUUAGUCAACAGGAUGAUCUCAGAAGGUUCCUACCCAAUCAGCUGCCCGGAGCAGUGCUUCAAGAGGAAGGCAUCUGUGUCAGACACCAUCUCACCAUCCUCAGAUAUUGGGGAGAGAGAUAGUUUCAAUGAUGAAGACCAGGAGCAGGACAUAGGAGGUGGAGAGGGAACCCUGGAUUCUGCAGAGAAGAGUAGUAAUGUAGCUGCACUAAAGCAAAGAGGAGCUAUGAGUUCCCAUCUGUAUAUCAGUAACCCCACUGGGGAUACCAUAACUCCCCUGAAUUUAGACAGUUCUUCAAACAGUUCUUCCAAUUUCUGCUCCUUGUAUCCCACUAAAGACUUUGACAAGAACUCUUUAGUGAAACUGUCUAAGAACGCUGCGAGAAAGGAAGACGAUGAAGAGCCCAACAAUGACCUGAUGAUCCUAGAGAGAAGAGGGGAUUUGGACUCACCUAGCCUCAGUGAGAGUGUGGUAAGCGACAAGGAUGAAGGAAGGGAAACAGAGCCCAGGCCAACGAGUCGCUCAUCAGCUUCUCUUGAACGCAUUACGGAGGUCAAAAACAGCCUGACGCUUGAUAUACCCACUGCCCAGACUAACCGCUGCUUCACCCUCACCUACUCCACGGACAAUGAUGACGAAGAAGACAAUGGGGACCCUUACCCUUUCCUGGAAGGCAUACGAAAGAAAUCCUUUGAUGGCAGUGAUUUAGAGCUUGAUAGCUCACCACCCAUUGAUUCCAGCGUACAAGACCGUCCCUCACCAGACCAAGAUCUCCCACUGUGUGAAAAAGAACAGGCUUUAAGGCAGCCAACUGAGGCUGAUGGACUGGCUUAUGACUCCAUGAAGUACACGUUAGUGGUGGAUGAGAACACCACACUGGAACUGGUUAGCCUCAGAAGGUGCACCUCCAUUCUGAGUGACGAUAGCGAGCUUUCGACUCUGUGUGAAGAGGAGCCCUUGAGGCCUGUGGAAGUGGGUUAUGAUCAGGGUGAUGAGGAGAUUGAGAGGCCAGAACUUCUCAGCUCUUCUGAAGAUUCAUCUCCAGAGGCUGACCUUCCUUUUUCAAAAAAGUUUCUGAAUGUGUUUGUCAACAGCACCUCCCGAUCUUCCAGCACAGAAUCAUUUGGCCUUUUCUCGUGUACCAUCAAUGGAGAAGAAAGGGACCAGACACACAGGGCAGUAUACAGGUUCAUUCCCAGACAUGCUGAUGAGCUUGAGCUGGAUGUGGACGAUCCUUUGUAUGUGGAGGAAGAGGAGGAUGACUACUGGUACAGAGGCUAUAACAUGCGGACAGGGGAGAGGGGGAUCUUUCCUGCUUUCUAUGCCCAUGAGGUUAUAGGCCAGUCUAAGGAGUUGCUGGGGACGAAGAGGAAUCCAGCAUGGAUUGAAACUUUCAAUGUUCAAUUUUUGGGGUCUGUCGAGGUUCCUCAUCACCAAGGCAAUGGCAUUCUCUGUGCUGCAAUGCAAAAAAUUGCAAUGUCGAGAAAGCAGACGGUCCACGUGCGACCCCCCUCUUUGUGUGAACUGGAGAUCAGUUUACAAGGAGUUAAAUUAAUCAUGAGUCUGGAGGAUGACUACGACACCCUUGAAGGGUAUGACAGAUGUAGUCACUUCUUCCAGAUGAAGAAUAUCUCGUUCUGCGGAUGCCAUCCAAGGAACAACUGCUACUUUGGUUUCAUCACAAAACAUCCAAUGCUGAACAGAUUUGCUUGCCAUGUGUUUGUAUCCCAGGAAUCAAUGCGACCUGUAGCUGAGAGUGUUGGUCGAGCCUUCCAGGAGUACUACCAAGAACAUCUGGAGUAUGCCUGCCCCACAGAGGACAUCUACCUGGAGUAAGACCAGUUGCCAUGACAACCUUUUUCCUCUACAGCUUGUGUACUUUCAUCAAGUUGCCAUCAGAGGGCAUAGUUAGCGGAUUUUCUUUGUCAUUGUAUUGUAAAAUACUCUUCCUCAUCAUACUGAAUCGGGGAUCCUCAUUUCUACAGUAUGCUUGUAACAUGACUGAAUUUUUUGUUUUUGUUUCCUGAAGGAGGGGUGGUCUGUUACUUUUACCUUUUCUAUUAUAUAAAACAACGAUGCUGAGCACCUGUUUAUUUAAAAAAAGUUUCUCUUUUGAAAUGAAAACAAGAGACCUACUAUGGCUGUAUCACUUUUUAAUGCAUGGCAAGUAGGUUUACCACACACAGACACGCACAAAAAAAACAAACAAACACCAAAUGAACGGCAAGCAGAUCUAGAAUCCAGAGGUUGGCAUUUCAGUUUAUUGUAAAUAUGGUUUUCUUUAGUACUGAUGAACAGCAAAUUCGCUUUCUACUGACAGUGACAUUGAUGUUAACUAGAGAGACUUGAUUCAAGCUUAGCCCCUGUUGUCCCUUCGAGCUUUGUGUGUUGUAAAUACUUGUAUAGAUAGUAGCCUCAUUCAUCCAGAGCAGUUUUAGAAGAGGUGAGGCUAAUCGGUUUUGAUGUGGCCAAAAAAGGCUAACUUAGGAAGGUGUGAGGUUAGUGGGUUAGGGUGAACUUUGAAUGUUAUUAGCUUUGCAGAUGCUUGGAUUAGACCCAGUGACUGUUAUCGAACGACAUGACUGCAAUCUUAUCCUUCUGUUUAAUUCAUAAACUUUCCCCUCAUUGGUCACUGUAUGCUUAACUAGGAGAGAUGUGACUUUUAGUUCAAUGAAGGCUUAGGCCCUCUGACAAGCCAUAUUCUCACAACUCUGAUUGUUUAGCUUGGGGUUUAUUUAGUUUUGGUGAUGUGCUAGUCUCCGUCUUCCUUUGACUUUUCAAUAAGAGAAUAAGGAAUGACUAGAUCAGCCAGUGGCUGCAUGUCGAUGACACAGCACAGCACCUGCUUAAUCUUGUUAGUGGAUUAACAGGGGAAAAAGAAGGGGUUUCUCAUUGUGUAAACGGUUGGAUCUGCGCUCGUCUUUUUUAAGCAAACGGGACAUAAUAAAUGGCAGCUUGAGUCCUUGUUUAGGUCACUAAUGGUUAAAACAUCAACCACAAAUGACACAAACGUAUACUAUAAACACUACAGCUUACAGCCUGGCACAUUCUAAAAUAGAAUUUGUUGCAAUCAUUUUGGGAAGAAACGUGUCAGCUUUACCUCCCUGCAACAAUCCCUGUCAUUCCUUCAGGAACAGUUUGGCAUCUUGUUCUGCUUUUAAUGGUUCUCCUCUACAUCAAACACAUAUGCAGGACUACAUGGUGCAAAGCCCACUCAAGGCUAAUAUGACAGGAGCCAGGGUAUUAUCUACAUGUGUAUCGCUGUCACUUAGAUUAUGUAUAUAAAAUAGAAAAUCUAAAAUAGUGCUGUGUCAUUUCUGUUAAGUAUGUUGAUGAAAUUAAUAUGUACAUUUAUUAAAAGAAAUAAAAGAGAUCAGAACCAGACAAACUCCCCUAAAGAAUUUUAAAAAAUGCAUAAGUAUAUGUGCUCUGCAAUAAUUUUCUUUCAGUGUCUUGUGUUUCAACUCAAUGUAUUCUCUCAGUUUGACACUUUGGUCCCUGCCAACUCUCCACACAACUUCUGCUGCACAUUCAGGACUCAUUUGUGAAGUGUGACAGUAUGUUACCAGGCUACUAACCAAUCUGCUGUUAGAACUGAUAGUGACUGAGUCAUCUGCCACUGGAAAACUAUUAUUGCUGCGCAGAUUAUAGCAAUCACCCAGCUAAAGCAGCGAGACCCGUCUCAAAAAAGCAUCUACUUGCUUCCAUGUUUUUUCUAUCUCACUACAGCCAGGUUAAAUUCCCUCGUUUCCACGACGGAAAAAAAACAACAACAACCAUUUGACAAAGAUUAGUUCCAUAUAGCCACUGAAGAAUACAGCUAAAGCAACUUUCCACUUUGUUAGGUCAGCAGGACUCACUGUAUACCUAGAGCAAAAAAGUAUGUGACAGAAGCAAAAUAUACUCUCUUGUAUCUUUAAAAACAAGGACUUGUAAAAUUCAAGGGAAAAAAAUCUAAAGAAAAAAAAAGGAGAAAAAAACACUCUGCCUUGUCAUGGGUUUGGUCUUAAGAAUAAAAUAUAUGCUUGAUGUCCGAAA